UAAUUGUAAGGAAAUAGGUUUUAAAUAAAUUAUUGUGCAAAAUGAUGACAUAACCUAACAAUGUUUUAAUGAAAUCUGUGAUUCAUUUCGGUAGUUUUUCUCAUUUCGAAUAGCUUUUAACGAAAUUCAUCAUCGUUAAAUAUUAACUAAAGAAAUCACCAUAACUCCAUCAUCUGCGAUUCAUCGCCCAAAUAUGGUAUGGUUUCGGUUAUUUAAAUUAAUCUAAUAAUAAAAACGUCGCUUAUGGCUGUCAUACUUGUUUUAAACACAGCGAUGUCGCGACGAUCAAAAGAUCUUUUUGGAGUGUUACGUGGUGUUCAAAGCGUUAUCGAAGCCGGCGUAAAAUUGCAAGAGGAAGAGUUAAAAUACAUUUGGAAACACUCCAGCAUAAAAAACCUCAUUCAAGAUGUAUCUAAAAAUGUUAAUAAGGCUUCACCAAAAUCAUCGGAAGAUAUUGUUAAGAAUUUUAAUGAAACUAUUGAAAGAUUUAGUACUGUAGCUUAUGGUAUUCGAGAAUACAUCAAUUAUACGCCUACAUCUGCUGCAACUGUUAAUGAAGUUUUAGGAGAAGAAAAAUACGAGAAAAAGGUUGAAAAUAAUUUAACGAAAGAAAAGGAUAAAAGUGAAGUUAAAGAAAAAAGAUUUAAAAUCAAAUUGACACCUCGAGAUAAAGCGUUGUUAAAGAAAUUAGAUAUGGAACAUAGGAAAAAAAUGGAAAAAUUAAUGAAAGAUAAAAAAGACGAAACAACGCAAGAAGCCAAGAAAGAUUCAACAAUUGAAGAUAAAGUAGAAGAAAAAAUAACAGCAAGUCCUAAUCCCAAAUCAUUCCAAACUUUAAGUCCCUCAUCAAAACAACGAAGUGUUCCUUCAUCUCGUAUUGGUAGAAUGGUAUCUUUUGGUUCUUUAGCGGCUGGAUUAGGUUUAGGAACUAUAGCGGAAUAUACACGAAGAUCUUUAGGCAUGGGCAAUCAAAAUCAAUCAAAUUUAUUUUUAACCGAAGCUAAUAUGGAAAGAAUUGUUGAUACUUUAUGCAAAGUACGUGGUGCUGCUUUAAAAAUUGGUCAAAUCUUAAGUAUUCAAGACGAUUCUGUGAUUAAUCCUCAAUUAGCUAAAGCUUUAGAAAGGGUUCGAAAAUCAGCAGAUUUUAUGCCACAAUGGCAAUUGGAGAAAGUAUUAACUUUAGAGUUAGGUGAUGAAUGGAGGAGUAAAUUUGCCGAGUUUAAUGACAAACCAUUUGCUGCAGCUUCAAUCGGGCAAGUUCAUUGGGGUAAAAUGCCUGAUGGACGUGAAGUUGCAAUAAAAAUUCAAUAUCCGGGUGUAGCUAAAGGAAUUGAAAGCGAUAUCGAUAACUUAUUUGGCGUCUUAAAACUUUGGAAUAUUUUUCCUGAAGGAAUGUUUGUUGAUAAUUUAGUGAUGGUUGCUAAAAGAGAAUUAGCUUGGGAAGUUGAUUACGAAAGAGAAGCAAAAUGCACAGAGAAAUUUAAAGAUUUAUUAAAACCAUAUCCCGAUUAUUUCGUACCAGAUGUAAUCGAAGAUGUUUCAACUAAACAAGUUUUUACAACGGAAAUGUUAGAAGGCGUCCCCGUCGAUCAAUGCAAAGAUAUGAGUCAAGAAGACCGAGAUUUUAUUGCAACAAAAAUCUUGGAGUUAAUUUUGAGGGAGUUAUUCGAAUUUAGAUAUAUGCAAACUGACCCAAAUUGGGCUAAUUUUCUUUAUGACGCUAAAAAUAAGAAACUUUUGUUGCUUGAUUUUGGAGCAAGUCGAGAAUACUCUAAAGAAUUUAUUGAUCGAUACAUUAAGAUUAUUAAAGCCGCCGCUGAUGAUGAUCGACAAUCAGUUUUACAAGGUUCUAGAGAUAUUGGAUUUUUAACUGGAUAUGAAACCAAAUCAAUGGAAAAUGCGCACGUUGAUGCUGUUAUGAUUUUGGGCGAAAUAUUUAGAUGUGAAGGUAAUUAUGAUUUUGCCCAACACAAUACAACGGAAAGAUUACAAAGUUUAGUUCCAACAAUUGUUAGUCAACGUUUAUGUCCGCCUCCAGAAGAAAUUUAUUCGUUGCAUAGGAAAUUGUCUGGAAUUUUUAUGUUAUGCAGUAAAUUAAAAGCCCAUGUUCCAAGUAGAAAUCUUUUCCUUCAGUUUUAUGAGCAUUAUAUGAAAAAUAAUCAUUGAUGAUUGUGAACAAGUUUUAGUUAUUUUAUUAAUAUUGUUGUUGUUUUCUUUUGUAACAAACUAAUUCAUUAACAAAUAUAAUUAUUA